UCACUCAGUUUGACACCGAGUGUUUCAAGAAGUAUGGAAAACUAUGGGGUACCUUUGAUGGGAGACAGCCUAUUCUGUCUGUGUUGGAUAAGACCAUCAUCAAAACAGUCAUGGUGAAAGAAUGCUAUCGGCUCUUCACCAACAGAAGGAAUCUACGCAUAAACGGACCGCUGAACGACGCCGUGACUGUUGUUGAGGACGACGACUGGCGCCGGAUCCGGAGUGUUCUGUCUCCGUCUUUCACCAGCGGACGCCUGAAAGAGAUGUUUGGCAUCAUGAAGACGCACUCAAAGACGCUGGUCAGGAACCUGAGGCGGGAGGCUGUCCAGGGCAAACCAGUGGAUCUCAAAGAGUUUGUUGGAGCAUACAGCAUGGAUGUGGUGGCCAGCACUGCUUUCAGUGUGGACAUCGACUCACUUAACAACCCCAAUGACCCCUUUGUCACCAACAUCAAGAAAAUGCUCAAGUUCAACAUUUUCAACCCCUUUCUUCUCUUAAUAAUGUUCUUCCCUUUUACCAUUCCCCUCCUGGAGAAGAUGAACUUCUCUUUAAUGCCCGCCGCUGUCAUGGACUUCUUCUACACCUCGCUGAGGAAGAUCAAAGCCGAGAGGGAGACCAGCUCUCAAAAGAGUCGAGUGGACUUCCUCCAGCUGAUGAUGGAUUCCCAGGGGUCGGAGACUGAGGGCAAACAGCGAGAGGAAAUGCCAAAUAAAGGGCUAAGUGACCACGAGAUUCUGUCGCAGUCGAUGAUCUUCAUCUUCGCCGGCUAUGAGACCACCAGCAGCACCUUGUCCUUCCUCUUCUACAACCUGGCCACCAACCCCGAGGCCCUGGAGAAACUGCUGCAGGAGGUUGACCAGGUCUUCCCAGACAAGGCUCCAGUGUCCUAUGAGGGCGUGAUGCAGAUGGAGUAUCUGGACAGUGUUCUGAAUGAGACCCUGCGCAUCUUCCCUGUGGUGCCACGCGUGGAGAGGGUCAGCAAGAGGACCGUCGACAUCAACAGCAUCACCAUCCCCAAGGGGACAAUAGUCAUGGUGCCCGUCUACGUGCUCCACAGAGACCCAGACGUCUGGAGCGACCCCGAGAGCUUCAAACCGGAAAGGUAG